AUGGGCAUUUUACUAGUAUACGAUACAACCGAUGAAAGAUCCUUUGCCAAUGUAAGAAACUGGUUCUCCAACAUUGAACAGCAUGCUAGCGAAGGAGUCAACAAGAUUUUGAUUGGCAACAAGUGCGAUAUGGAGGAAAAACGGGUCAUUACCAAGGAGCAUGGCCAAAAUUUAGCCAAUGAAUUGGGUGUUCCAUUCAUGGAGACAAGUGCUAAAGCAAACAUCGGUGUAGAGGAGGCCUUUUUCGAUCUAGCAAGGGAUAUUAAGAAGCGAUUAAUCGAUACACAGCAAGCGCAACAAUCACGCCAGAGAGAGGAAGUCAGAUUGGAUCAAUCUUCGCCUUCGAAAAGCAGUUCGUCAGGUGGAUGUUGUUGA